GGCGAGCCGGCCAUCGGGCGGGCCGACGGCGAAGCGCUGUGAUGGGGUCCGAGCAGGACCGCUGGGCUGUGCGCCUGGGGCCAGCCGAGCUCGAUCUGGGCGCUGAUGCGCUGGUGCCCGCCCUGCUGGUGCUGCUCGUCUGCCUGGUCAUCAUUGUCGCCAACGUGGUCGUCAUCGCCACCAUCGUGUCCAUGUCAGGUCCAAAGGAAGUGCUCAAGUACUACCUGCUGUCGCUGGCGGCGUCGGACCUGCUGGCCGGCUGCGUGGUGGCGCCACUCAGCGUGUACCCGGCCCUGGUGCACCGCUGGGUGUACGGCGCGCAAGUCUGUCGCCUGGUCGGCUACCUGAAGGUCACACUAUGGGCCACGCAGGCCUACACGCUUAUGUGGAUCGGGGUCGACCGAUACCUGGCGAUCGUGAAGCCGCUACGCUACGAGACCAUCCAGACCAAGGUUCGCUGCCAGUGCUGGACGGCCGUCUCCUGGCUGUCGGCGAUGGUGCUCUGCUGCCCGCCGCUGCUCGGCUUCAGUUCGCCGCUGUACGACGCCGGCGCCUUCAUCUGCAUGGCCGACUGGAGCGACAUGCUCGGGUAUUCGUCGACGGUUGCGCUGAUGGUGCUGGGACCGCCCGUCAUCACCUCCACCUACACCUACGGCUUCAUCUUCCACAUGUCGGCGCGCGUGCGCACCAGCUACGCGCAGCAGCUGGACAAGGAGUACCUGAGUGCAGUGCUGGAGAACCUGGCCAGCCCGGACAUCGUCAUGACGUUCGUGCUGACGCUGCUCUUCUGGCUGUCGUGGCUACCCUUCAUCGGGAUGCGCAUGUACGAGUUCGCCGUCGGGUAUCACCUGGACGCGCCGUUCCUCCACUUUACGCUGUUCUGGCUGGGCAUGCUGAACUCGGUGUGGAAGAUGGUGGUGUACCUGGUGGCCAGUGCCGACUUCCGGCGCGGCCUGCGCGCCCUCUGUCGGAGUGUCUGUUGCGCGUGCCGCCGCUCCGCCUCACCUGUCCCUGUCUGAAGAUGGCGUCACCUGGGAGUUGGCUGGUGCUGCUACCGAGCAAGCAUUUCGCGUAAGCUACGCUGUUGAAUCCGGCUUUAAGGACUGCAGCCAAGUCGGAAGAAAGGAGCAACGGUUAAUGCACAAACGCUUCUAAAACUGUGACGGAUUCACUCGAUAGAGCGCUUUGCUUCUAGAUUGACGUUCUCUCGAAGUUGCUUGCAGAAACACACGGCAGGAUGAAACCCGCAACGCGAGCUACAGUUCUGAUUUCACGCGACACCAGUCCCCUGUCAGCGUGACUCGUGAUUCGUGGCUCACGCUCACUCUAAGGCGUCCUCGGCGACAACCACUCGCCGGCGAAGCGCCGCUGGGCAGGGAAGGCACGUCGGGAAGCGUGUUCACCAAGUGCAUUUCACUGAGUACGAAGCGGCUGAUGGGGCGGGCCGUGAUCACAGCGUCUGGGCUUAGACGUCCCCGGUCGCUCUUCUGGCUGUAUGUUUUAUAUCUAGUUCGUACCCGUAGGCAGACCAGAUGCCAUAAUCAAAGCGGACGGUAGCGUCCUAGACCAGACUACACGCCCUAGCUCUAGCAGUAUGAUUUACAUGUCUUCCAGUUCUAUGCCAUCACACGAAGGCGUGUGCUUUUGCUAACAAACCCUAAUAGGAAGCGUUGCGAUGACGAAUUAGCUGUGUGAUUUUGUACUUUGUUACAGAGGCUUACUGCUUUGUCCAACGCAAGUAGAAUUUUCAGCUUUCCUAGCACGCAAGCAUUUUCCUACGUGAUCCAAGGAGCCUUUGAAAUGCUUUCCGCGUUUGAACGCAAACAAUUGUGAGCUGUCCUGUCACCUGAAUCCAGUAGCUUAGUGAAAGCAUUCCUUUCAUCCGAGACACAUUUCCUCCGCGUUUCGUUCAAAAGAAAUGUUCUUCCUGCGGCGUUAUCGCCGUCUGCCGUGAACACUACAGGUGUUGGUGAACCCACAUCGAAACAUAUACGUUUUCCCGGCGUCAACCCGGAAGUCUUCGAGACCGGGACGGCACGGGAGCGGGGCGGCAUGAGAUGCGGCAUGUGACGCGCUUCCGAACGACAUACCCCUAAGUGUGCUUACGAGGCAGUACAAGGCGCUCGCUCGAUACCGUAGGCCCGUGCUGCGCGUGUGCCCGACUGCGACCCGCACGUAUCACGUGGCGGACGUCGCACGUGGGCACAUGAUUGCCGUGUCACGUGGCAGCGCUGCGCCUUCCGUGCUGAGGGACGUAUAACCUCUGCGUGCUAGGUAGGAGCGUUCGGAGCUUGCUGUGUGACGUCAGGGGAGCGUUCGAUGAGGGGGGGGGGGGCAGUGUCAGUGCUCGGGACUCCGUUGUGUGUGCGGUGGCCAGCGAUCCGUUGCUCGCGCUCACGUGCACAGCUUGGCCCUGUAGCGAGCCAGCAGCCACCGCCAGCUGUUCGUCACGUGUGCUACUGUCCUCGGACGUGCCGGUGAUAGGUUCAAGCCUGCGAGCGCCUUCACGUGACGCCGGGCUCUGAAGACGUGCGCGUGUGAGCGCUCGUUGAGAACUGUGAGCUGACCACGCCGCCCGGGGGGCUUUCCUGCGCCGCUGGCGCCUGGCUGCCCGCGCCUGGCCCGUUGGCUGCUAGCUGUUUGGCUGUCUGUUUCGGGACGCGUCGGCAGGAUGCCGUCUGGCUGCAUACUCUCCCUUAUCUUUCACGCUAGCCGAUGUUGUCUUUCACU